UUGCAAGUAACAGCAGGUUAUUAGAACCUGAGAUUGAUCAAUUGUCAACAAACAAAUUCGAUAGCAAACAAAAACAACGCAUCGAUAUUUUCUCGAUUAAUACGCCAAACAGCUGAUUUGCUUGUAAAUUUGCAAUUAAACGCCCACAUACGAUUGAUUGUUAUUUACUUCCGAAUAAAUGUGUUUGCCUCUAUAAUUUUAUACGGUUAAUAAUUUUAUAAAUCAAUAAGUUAAAGAACCGAACUGUGAGUUAUAAAAAAUGUCAAAUCCUUUUGGAGAACCAGAUGAUGACGAAUCUUGCGAAAUCUUGGAAGGUUUCCUUUGCCCAAUUUGUAGAGAAGAUCUAAAAUCAGCUGAAUUCUUAACUGUGCAUUUCGAAAGAUCGCAUGCGGAACAACAGGACGCACUUAAAUCAGUUUUUAAAGACAUAAUUUCCAAGGCUAAAAAUAAAAUCCUUAAUUUCGAUGAAACAUUUGACCUGUCCAGAAGCUUCGACAAAAAUGCGACAAUUAGUGGUGCCGGAAGUAGUGGCGGUACAGCAGUUAAUGUUGCGACCAAUGCAACAUCGGGUAUGGAUAAUAAUGGGAUGAAGAUGAGUAAUGCGCGCACACGUAUGAAUGUCUUCAAUUUUAUGGAUCGCCAAGAAGUUGGUGCGGAGUAUAACCAUUUAGAGUAUUUUCAAUCGAUAAGAAACCCACGACUGGAGCGAUAUGCAAGUGAAACGAAUAAAUUGAUUAUACGACUACAUAAGUUAUUAACAAAUUUACCAAUGGAUCCAGUGCUGCGAAAACAACAUGAACGGAAUAUUGUUACAUGGUUGGAUGGAAGCUCAGUGAAAUUAUGCCCAAGUUGUGCUAAAAAUUUCCACAUUGCACGUCGCCAACAUCACUGCCGUUUGUGCGGAAGUAUUAUGUGCAAUGAUUGCUCAAAGUUCCUUCCAAUAGAAACUGCAUUGCAACUGGCCAGUUUGGCUACGUCCCAAAGCGAAGCUACGAAAGAAGUGCAAAAUUCAACUGAAGCUAAUAAGUCAAAUCCACAGCACCAAGGUAUUCGUUCCUGUGAUCAUUGCUUGUGGCUUUUAGAAAUUCGGCAAGAAAUGCAUGAAAGUCGUACAUGCCGUCCGCUGAUUUCUCAAAUCUAUGCCGAUAUACAAAAAUUGCGCAAGAACGUGUUGCCCGACAUAGAAAUGUAUUCAAAAAUUGUAUGCAGUCUGUACGAGGGAGAGUCAAUCUUCACCAUUGCCGAUGCUAGUGCGUUAAGAGGGAAAAUUGGACAUGUAGCUGAAGCUAUCGAUUUGCGCAGUAAACGUAUAUUAGCUAUACCUUGUCAAGAAGGUAGCCGAGAAGGGGCCUUAAAAAAAUCAAUACGUUUAUCAUGCAGUCAACUAAUCAAAGACAAAAUUCUAUCGAUACCACCGCUACCAGCGGAAGAAGAUAUACGAAAAAUACAAGAUCGCAAACGAAUGGAGGCCGAGCAGCGUAUUGAAACUGAACGGCGUCAAGCAAUGGAAGCAUAUGAACGACAAGCGUUGGCAAACAACGCCAGUGGUACUCAAACUAGAGUAAAUAACGAGAAUGAUUAUGCUUACGGGUCUGAUUUGCGUUCCUUAGAUAAUUGGUCGGCGCAACCAGUAAAUAUAUCACAAAGUGAAGAUCCGCUGAUUGAACAAAUAAAUAUUAUUAAGGGCUACAUAAAGCAAGCACGUCAAGAAAUGAAUUUCGAGGUAGUGGAGACAUUAGAACUCAACUUACGAGAACUGCAACGGGAAUUCUACGAAAGGCAAAGAGCUUCUAGAGAAUUGCAGCAGGACGCCGCAAAAAGCAAAGAAACGACUUAAUGGAGCAUUGUAAAAGCAUUAAUUAUAUGUGUAUAAAUAUCGUGACAAAAGGAGGUAUCCUCAAUAGGCUUACAAUCAUAAUAGCAUUGGUUAUACAUUAAACAACGCAUAUAAGGAUAACGAUAUUGUUAUUAUAAAAAAGUAACUACAUUUCUUUUAUAAUUUUAUGACAUAGCAUGUUCACCUGAAUUGGUAUUUUUACACUAAAAGUGUAAAGUAUUGUAUUGUAUUAUAAGUAUAAACGUGAAUAUGACGUGUCAUUAUUGAAUAUAUUUGUCACAAUUCCUUCACAACCAUGAGAUUUUGUCAACAAUGUAAUGGAAUUGGCAUUUAUGCUGUCAAUAUGCUACACAUUCCUCCUUCAAUGAAUUAUUAUUUUUAAAUAUUUUUACAAUAAUGUAUACGUAAUUUAUUUUCGAUAGUUGCUUUUAUUAUAAUUUACUAAAGCAUACAAAGAUUUAUAUAAAUCUACUUUCAUGUUAAUAAACUACAAAAAAACUUGUGCAUUAAAGUGCGUGUGAAAA